UCCUCCCUAUCGUCCUCCCUCUUUAAUUUCCUCGCCCCGCAACGAACAAAACCCCCAAAGCCGAACCACGCCCGAGGCCACCGCAAACUCUGCUCCCAUCGCGAUGAGGAGACCCAUUUGACCCCGAACGAGCAGCUUCUGAUCUCGAAACUCAGUUUCCUCGGCCGAGCAUCUCCAACAUUUCGUGCUAAAGGAGCCGCCUUUGAGGAUCGAGAGCAAUGGCGGCGGCGUGGGGUCGCGCCAAGCGCGCGCUCGCCACCAGGCUCUGCAUCGGCGUGCCCGCGCGCCAGAGGGCCAUCGAAGACGCGCCGCCGGAGAAGGGAACGGUCGAGGCGUCGUCUUCUUUGACGGAGGAGUGGGCGGGGUCGGCGUCCGUGUCUAUGCGCCGGCUGACAAGUUCUGGAAGCCUUAGCUCGCAGAAGCUAUGUGCUAUUUGCCUUGGUGGCAUGAGGUCAGGGCACGGUCAAGCCUUGUUCACUGCUGAAUGCUCCCACAAAUUUCAUUUUCAUUGUAUCUCUUCAAAUGUCAAGCAUGGCAACCUCAUCUGCCCAAUAUGCCGUGCUGAGUGGAAAGAACUCCCAGGCGCUCAACCUGCAGGUGCCAAUUAUGGAAGAGCUAGAGUAAGCCCACUAAAUUGGCCCCAGGAUGAACGGCACAUGGCUGUUGUCCGCAGGCUUUCCCAUACAUACAGUGGAAACCUGCAGGACCACCUUCCUGUCUUUCGUACUCCAGAUGCAGGCGCUUUCAAUGAUGAUGAGCAUAUAGAUGUUAGAUCUGAUACAGUGGAUGAACAUAAUCCAGUGACUGGUUCAGUUGAAAUCAAGACAUAUUCAGAAUUUCCAGCUAUACAACAAUCAGUGACUGGUUCAGUUCAAAUCAAGACAUAUUCAGAAUUUCCAGCUAUACAACAAUCAGUGACCCAGGAGGUCUUUGCUAUCUUGAUCCAUCUCAAGGCUCCAAAAUCCUCGCACUCAUCGAGCUCCCGUGCACCUCUUGACCUUGUGACUGUGCUUGAUGUCAGUGGUAGCAUGGCAGGGACCAAAAUUGCACUUCUGAAGCAGGCUAUGAGCUUUGUCAUCCAAACCCUUGGACCCAAUGACCGCCUGUCUGUCGUUGCCUUCUCAUCUACAGCACAGAGGCUCUUUCCUCUUCGCCGAAUGACAUUAACCGGUCGGCAGCAAGCCUUGCAAGCUGUCAGUUCCCUUGUUGCAAGUGGUGGCACAAACAUUGCUGACGGGCUAAAGAAAGGUGCUAAAGUGAUUGCGGACCGUCGGUUGAAGAAUCCUGUUUGCAGCAUCAUUCUUCUCUCUGACGGUCAAGACACCUAUACGCUCACUUCUUCUGACAGGGCUCAAAUAAGUUACAGUGCACUUGUCCCCCUUUCAAUCCUUCCUGGAACAGCUCAGCAUGUCCAGAUCCACACCUUUGGUUUCGGCUCAGAUCAUGAUUCUGCCGCCAUGCAUGCUAUUGCUGAGAUCUCUAGUGGCACAUUUUCAUUUAUUGAUGCCGAAGGCUCAAUCCAAGAUGGAUUUGCUCAGUGUAUUGGUGGCCUCCUAAGUGUUGUGGUUAAGGAGAUGCAUUUGUGCAUUGAGUGUGUAGAUGAUGGUGUGCUACUGACUUCCAUCAAGUCAGGUGGCUAUACAAGUCAGGUUGUUGAAAAUGGACGUAGUGGUUCUGUUGAUAUUGGUGACCUCUAUGCAGAUGAAGAGAGGGGAUUUCUGGUCACUCUACAUGUCCCUGCUGCACUCGGGCAAACUGUUCUGAUCAUACCUACCUGCACAUACCAAGACUCGAUCACUAUGGAGAACAUCCAACUACAGGGUGAAGAAGUGAGUAUUCAGCGCCCUGCACAUUUUGUGGACUGCAAAAUGUCUCCUGAGGUUGAGCGUGAGUGGCACCGUGUUCAAGCCACAGAGGACAUGUCUGCUGCACGGGCUGCAGCUGAGGGAGGCGCUUUUUCUCAGGCUGUGUCGAUCCUCGAAGGCCGUAGGAGGAUACUGGAGUCUCAGGCAGCACAGUCUUCAGACACUCAGUUCUUGGCAUUGAUAACAGAGCUGAGAGAGAUGCAGGAGAGGGUGGAGAGCCGCCAGAGGUACGAGGAAUCAGGCAGAGCGUUCAUGCUGGCCGGCCUGAGCUCACACUCAUGGCAGAGAGCAACGGCACGUGGUGACUCGACAGAGCUCACUACUCAGAUUCAUACCUACCAGACACCAUCCAUGGUUGACAUGCUGCAGCGCUCUCAGAUUCUUGUGCCCCCCAUGGCUGAAAUGCUGAACGGCUCCCCAACUGUGGCUCCUACACAUAGGUCGAGCCGGCCAGUCAGGCCAACGAAAUCCUUCUCCGGGUGGCACCCGUGAUGCUGCUUGAUCACAAUGCAGUUCUAGCAGUAACUGUUGAAGUGUUAGGUGAAAGUAAACUAUCCAUUUUUUAGUUUGUUCUCACAUCUCUUACUUCCAUUUCCAAAAUUCUCUAGCAGGCAUGGGAUUAGAAGUCUUGGGAUAUAUUGUAGUUUGGUGUACAUGGUUAAAAUUUGGAAUGAGUGAUAAAUGGCAUACCGAUAGAGGUGAAAUGGAUUUAGGUAUUAUUCCUUGGUAUUUUCA